AGGUCUUUCGGAUUCUCAAGGUAAUGCAGCAGCCUAAGAUGCGGUUCCUAGCUCUGGUUCUGGCAAUAGCAGUCGCGGCAUCUACAGUGAGUGCCAAGUCUGAGCCUUGCUGCUACGGAGGUCACCAUGGGGGUCACCACGGAGGUCACCACGGGGGGCAUCAUGGAGGCCACCAUGGAGGGCAUCAUGGCGGUCAUCACGGAGGCCACCAUGGAGGCUUCGGUGGUGGCUUCGGCGGAGGAUUCGGACACGGUGGCUUUGGAGGCGGCUUCGGCGGGGGAUACGGACGAUGAUCUGCAAAUUCCGUUUUCGAAAAGUGUCAUGGAUAAGAAUGCCCUUCGAAGUCGAGGGCGCUCAUUCGUACAAAGUUUCAUCAGAGACAUGAGCUCUUCGUUUGGAGUCUGACAUCUCUACUGAUUAUUCAAAUGAUAAUGAAAUACAAGCUAGUUUUAUCUGU